GCUCUAGGCAGUCGAAAGCGUACUCAUACCUGUCACUCCGACGUUCUUGCUCACGUAAAACCGGACGUACGUUUUCUUGAUCAGUGAUCAGUGAUAAACAGAGAAGCAUCGGACUGGUUGGGAAAUAUUCUAGUGUUAUUGUCGAGGAAAAUUUCAACUUCCCAGGUGGCCCUGCCCUUUUGUCAAGAUGACGGGUAUUGAGAAGUCUGGCUACUUGAGAAAACACAGCAAAAGCUUUCUGGAGGGUGGCUGGAGAAAUGUAUGGGUUGUGUUACACAAGGAUAGCUAUAUGCUUGUGUUUAAAAAACAGGGAGAUUCAACACCAAAAGCUAAAAUAUUCAUGAAGGAAGUUUGUAAAUGGUUUGCUGUUGGUCAGUAUACAGAUGGUAUGGCAGACAGGCCAGCAUUACCCCAUGGUGCAAAAAUAGAUUGGAUGAUAGCAGUUCCCCAAAAGCCAAGCUCCAAGUCCAAAAUACACUGGUUUCUUGCCAACUCAGAGGCAGAAUUUCACGAGUGGAUGAAAGCCAUUUGUAAUACGUUACCUCCCCCUCCUCAACAGAACCCUUCCACACAGCCGUCACACUCUCAGCCUCAACCAUCCCCUCAUUCCACCCCUUCUCCACAACAUGGUCCUAUCAGAGCAGCCCCAGGAGGCCCCCCUCUCUCAUCACAGCCACCGUACCCCAUGGCGCCAGGCAUGCCACAACCAACCCAUGUUGGCUUUGAAAGCAUGCCAGCACCUUCAGGUUAUGGUCCUCCGCCAGGUGGAGCCCAAUACCCACAACCCUACCCCCAACAGUCCUACGGACCCCCACCAGGCCAGUACCAGCAACAAGGCUACUAUCCACCCCCAGGGACAUAUGGCCCACCUCCAGGUAACUAUGGUUACCAGCAACCCUACCAGCAGCCAGCCUAUGUCCAGCAAGGUUAUCAGCCAGGGUAUCAGCAGGGCUACUCUCAACAGCCUGUGUACGUCCAACAAGGAGGGCAGAAACAUCACAAGAAAGGCGGGCUUGGGGGCAUAUUGUCCGGUAACAAAGGCAAAUUAGCGGCAGGAGCAUUAGGAGGGGCAGCAUUGGGUUACGGGGCUUCACGGAUGAUAGGCAGCCCGUUCGGGAUGUUUGGUAUGGGGCCGCGAUGGGGGAGCUGGAGUUCAUUAUCAAGUUGUGGAAGUUUCGGAAGUUGUGGAAGUUUUGGAAGUUUUGAUUAAUAUUUCUGAGAAAACAGUGACAUUUUCCUGUAAAUCGGAAGUUUCUUUUUGGUUGUUGUUGAUAUUAAUAUUGAUAAUAUGCAUGUAUAUGUUAUCAUUUUUUAAUGCUGUGUGUACAGUGGAUGGGUAUAUAUAGCGGUAAUUUAUAACAAGACUGAUAGAAUCCAGCUGACACAUUUUAACGGUUAAGGACAUUGUUAACGUGAAGAACAGAUGUGAUUGUGUAUGUACCGACUUAUGUAUCAAUUUUUGUUAUGUUUGCAACUGUUAUCAUCAUUCUCAGUACCUCUUCAUAAAAUAGACAGUCAUUUCAAGGAUGGCUUUAAUAUCAGAUUGUGGGGGGCAAGGUGGUUAGCAUGCCAGCAUGGCAAAAUGACCUAGGAACCUCUCACUAAUGCUGUUGCUGUCAGUUUAAGUCCAGGUCAUCUCUCUCCAGCUGUACAUAGGAUGGUCUGUCAGCAACCUGUGGAUGGGCCGUGGGUUUCCUCUGGCCUCUGCCCAGUUUCCUCACACCAUAAUGCUGCCCGCCGUCGUCAAAUAUUCUUGCGUACGGCGUAAAACAACAAUCAAAUUAGUAAAUAAAUAAAUACCAGAUAGUAUUCUCACAUGUCAGGCAACACUUAUGUAGGGGAGAAGAUUUAUUUAUGUGUAUGUGAAUAUUACACCAUGUGUACAGACUUGAAUAUAUCAUCAAAUAUGUGAAUUAAAUUGCACGCCUGUAUGCAUUUAUUCUCAAAUGCUUACUCAGAUUUUGUAGAGGGACAUGUCAGUGUAUUUUUAUCGUUUGUACAUGUUCAGUUGGCAUUGAUUGGUUUCAUUGCCCUCCGGUGACAAGAUAAAUCCUCACACAAGACGUGAAACAAUGUUCCAUUAUUAUGCUAGUUAGCCUAUUACGUUAUCUUUUACUAGGUCAUGGUAUCUGCUGUACUAUACACUUUUUAUUCAUCAGUUAUUAGUACUUAAAACCAGCAAUAUUCACAGAUCGUGAGAACCACAUGUAUGAAAAGUAUUAGUGAUAGGUUAGUUUUAGUUCUUGUAGUUUUGGUUACAUGGUUGUCAGCAGUACAUCCAAACACACACAUAAGAGUACUGAAAAAGUGAACAACUAAUGUGUGGUGCCCUCCACCAGAACAUCUUCAGAUUGUAAUAUUUGAGCGCAGCAAAUUUUUUAACUGUCAUGUGAUUUUAUCUCACAAAAUAUUCCAUAAAUGUACAUGUAGAAAUGUAAUCUGAGUUGAGUUUUGAGUUUUUGACAAAUUAGUGAUUUCAGCAUAGGGCAAGAUUUUGAUGUUUGAAAUUUUGAAAUUGCAGUUGAAAUUGAUACAAGAUCAAAACAGGUCAGCCCCUUCCAUAUUAUCUGAUCUCAAACACUAUGAACCGUUUCCUGCACAGUUGAAAUUAUUUUGCCCAAUACGCCCCAAGGGGAGGGGAUAAUUUAUGGAAAUAUAUAUACAUGUGGUAAGGAAUUGAAAUGCCACGUUACAUGCGUGGUUGCCAUUGUUGGGUAGAGGAAUAAUCCUUUACCUUCCAUUCCCCGCUCAAAUGUCACCGUACCAAGGACCAGUUUCAUGAAGCUUACUUAACUUUGAGUUGCGCUUAGCUAAGUACUCUUUAUAUCUCUACAACAUAUGUUGUCAUGGUAGUUAAGGGCUUAUUUAGCUAAGUGAGUUUCAUGAAAUCGGCCCCAGUGCCUACCUUAUAAUAAAGUACUGUUGAUAACAAUACGUGCACUGAUUUUAUAGGAAGGUAUCAAGGUGUAAGAUGUGUCACUAAGACUUGGAUGUGGCACUGAGACAUGGCUGCUGCUCAUUUGGACCGUAUUUUUGUGUGUUAUUGCAACAUAUAGACUUUCUCAGUAUUGGCUAUCACCAUGUUUUCCUACAAAAGCAGUUUUAGACAGAAAUCCAGUGCAAACAACCAUUGAUGCAUUAGCCUUUUAUAUCAGGACAGCUCUUGAUCAGCAUAGGACAGGUUACUCUGCCCAAGGAGGGCAUAUCAGAUGUGUCAAUAAACAGUACAUGUUAUCAUCCCAGCUGGCGUGGAUAAUUGUUCUGUCUGUGGACUAUCACCUGGUUAGUGCAGGUGAGCAGCACAUUUAUAGCGGACAAGGGAGUAGGCUAUAGGUAGACAUCAUUACCAGUCUUCCUACAUUACUGUAAUAUUGUGGUAAGACUUGUACAUGCAAACUGCAAUGUAAACAUUACAACCAUUAUAUAAGUGUAAUAAACAUGAAUUAUUCUGUUAAGGGCAUUCUGUUUAUAUUUUAUAUUUGUUGUUCAUAUUAAUACUGUUAUUAUUACUGCUACUGUAUUUGUGUUAUCUUACCUGGACAAGUGUUAUAUAUUGAAUUGUCACUAUAGAUGUGCUUGUAUCAGUUUUUUAAUGUGUCUACUGUGUAUUGACAUAAGGUUCCUCUGACAGGUGUUUUAUUUACAGAUGUAGGCCUACCUUGGUAGUUCUUAUGACACGUCAUGAGUUUGCUUUGUUUCUUAUGUUGUGUAUGAAAGCCACUAGUACUACCCCAGGUACUCCAUUACCCAAGCCUGUUGUCUCGAUAUUAAACAGGGAAACAGCAUGGAUAUAUAACCCUGUAGAUGCCCCUCCCCGCACCCUGAGCAGGGAAUAUGUGAAAUGUUAAAUCAGAGUUGUUCCCCUUAGGUAAGGAAUGCAUCAUUGGGAAGUUGUCCCCAAUAGUUAUACCACCCCACUAAAAAAAAAAAUGGCCGACACAUAAACUGACAUAAGAUACUUUAUUGUUUCUAAUUGGCAGCUGUGAAAUAUUGAAUUCAUUUAGGCUGAAUACUUUGAAUAUAAAGUAAACCCACAAACAAAAGAAUUUUUAUAUGGUAGGCAUUAUCUUGAUACCGAUUCAAAACUCCAAUAUCUGAUCUUUUUCAUUGUGAUGUAUACUAAUGCUCUGCAGUAUUUUUUUUUUUUUUUUUUUUUUUGGAAUGAGUGAUCUUUGAAACAUGACUUUGUUUUUUGUUUUUUUUUAAUGCAUAAAUCUGGAGGUAAAAAAUGUCACAAUCGAUAUUACAGUCUCACUUAAUAGUUUCUUAUUAUAUGCAACACCAGUUUGAUAUAAUAUGUUUUUUCUUGCAAUAGCAUCUAUACGGUUAGUGUGUUUUUCAUAUUUUUAAUAUACGUUUUUAUACUUGAAAUUAUACUUGUUUUGUAUAAGAUUGGUCACAGAGCUUGUCAGGCUAAGCUUAAUUAUACCCGAAUAAUGCGCUGGCUCACUGACGGACAAAGCACGUAAAUCAGUAAUGCUUUGUUACGGCCUGUGUUUUUGUAUAAGUUAAGCUUAUCUUAAUUAACUAUUAAGUACAUAUUAUUUAUUGUACACAAUAGAUGACGUACACUUGCAGCCAUAAUGGGUCACUAAAAAACAAAAAGUUACAUGGUCUCUGCUAGAGUGUGCCUUUCACUGUGUGCACUGGACCAUUAAAUUCCUUUCCUUGACAUCCAAAAUGGCCAUGAGUGCAUGUCAAGUAUUUGUUAGCAUACUAAAAUUCAUUAAUCGCUUGUUCUGAACUAGUCAUGUGUAUGAAGCUGAGCAGUAAACAGUAGUUUUGUGGUUAUUAUAACUAGCAUAAUAAACUCAAGCUUUU